GGCUAAUUGAACGCGUCGGCGAGGAAGAGGUUAAGAAGAAGGGUGUUACCACGCAUAGUUCAGGUUCGUUCUCUUCCGCAUCGUAAACAUUACCCAGACGCCGGUGGAUCUGGUUAAGUACGGUUUUGAAUAUGAACUAAUUGAUUUUUGGGGGAAAGGAAACCACGCGCAAGCCCUCGCCCUCGCUGCUUCGACCCUUGGUGUACCCGCGUACAUUGUCAUGCCGCGAAUUAGCACACCGUCGAAGAUUGCAGGCACACAAUCAUACGGCGCAGAAGUGAUAUUUAGCGGGUCGACGAGCGUGGAGCGGGAAGCUGUCGUUGCGGAAGUCCAGGCGCGGACUGGGGCGAUUCUUGUCCCACCUUAUGAUGACUUCAAUAUUAUAUGCGGCCAGGGAACUACUGCAUUAGAGAUGCACGCGCAGUAUCUUGAUGCCGUGAAGGAGGAGCCUAAAUUGAGUGUGCAUAAUAAGGCUGGAGGUGCAGGACUAGAUGCGGUGAUUACACCGAUUGGAGGCGGAGGGUUGAAUUCGGGAGUUGCGACGUUUUUCUCGGAUAAAGAGACGAAGGUAUUUGGUGCGGAGCCGAAUUUCGAGGGUGCGGAUGAUUGUCGACGUGGACUUGAUACCGGCCAGAGGGUUGAGAUCGUGAAGACGCUGACGAUUGCGGAUGGGCUAAGGACGCCGGUGGGUGUGCUCAAUUGGGAGAUCAUUUCGGAUAAAAAGAAAGUGGUGGGCGCAUUUUCUGUCUCUGAGGAGCAGAUCAAGGCGGCCAUGAGGCUUGUUCUGGAGCGGAUGAAGGUGGUUGUUGAGCCGAGUGCUGUUGUAGGCCUAGCUGUCUGUUUGUACAACGAGGAGUUUCGACGUCUUGUUGAGAAGGAGGCACCGGAGGGUUGGGAUAUUGGGAUUGUCUUCAGUGGAGGGAAUACAACUGUAGAGGCUAUUGGGAAACUGUUCAGCUCAUAGACCCGCUAUUAGAUAUCAGCUUGCUUGGUUUGGACUUAGAAGUAAAUCGGAGGACUAGGACGGCAUGCAAAGCGAAUGAUAUAACCUCGCCGAAAGGCUAGACUAUAGUAGUUUACUACUUUUAGAUAGCGAAUGCAGUUAAAAGGUCGCGGAACAUAGCCAGUGUGGUCAACUAAAUGUAAUACCCUCCCGCCCAACAUUGAAAGUGAACUCUCCGCCUCCUCGCUUCUUGAGCUCCUCCAGUAUCCUUCGUGGCCAAUCCUCUCGUCCCCAUCCAUUCACUGACCCCAAGAACUCUCC